GCCUCCUACUCAGCCCAUGUCUGACACCUCUGUUCCCUCUUCUGCACCCCAAGCAUCUCACGACACAAACUCGAAAUCGCAUCAUCGAACACGCUUCGGACGUACAGUUGUUCUCCCUUCCAGACUACGGUAAAUGACACCCAAGUAUCGAGCUUUCGUCUCAGUGACUCACGCUCUAGGGGGGAGUUCUGUAGCGCUUGUACAUAUCUUUCUUCCCAAUUGUACUUUCCUAUUCUCAUUUCCAUUAUUAUUGUACAGUUUUGUUUUAACUGACCAACAACCGAUAACACACUUUUUCGGGUUUCGAUUCGCCUUCUGGUUUCGGCUACGCGUGUUGUGCUGUUGGUCGUCGUCUGUCUGCUGGCCUCGUCCAUCGAUCAUCGGAUCUAACGCGUCGAUUUAUUGUGCCGACUAAGUUCCGUCUUCCGACCAGAUUGUGCGACUAACUGACAGCCUAGCGAAGAUCGUGCUUUACCUAAGGUCAGCUACAGCAUUCUUAUUUAUAGACUGAGUUCUUAUAUGUAGUUAAGCCCUUUCCGUUUGGUCUUUC